CCUUUUCUCCCUUCUCCCUUCUAAGCGGCGAUGCAUAUACAUGUACGGAGCGUUAAGUUAGUCUGCGUAGGGUGCACCGGGGUUGUGCGCGGACAGAUUCGGCGAUGCGUGAAAGAGGGCUAACGCCCAGCAGCCCGGCAGAUCGCGCGACUUUGCGUAUCCCCGUGAUAAGGUAUUGGAAGAGCGAUCAGUAUCAGUGCGUACGACCUCGUUCGCAAGGUCAAAUCGAAGGUUCUCUCCGGCUGAAAAUUUCACGUUUGCGUUCAUCUUCUAUCGCCACUUUGCGGGACGAAAUGUCGAGUUACGAAUCGCUUCUCCCAUCUCGACGAUGGGCGAUGGAAUCGAUCCAGAUACACCGGAAAUUCGCACUUCGCGCGGUACUCGCGAGUGAGCCGAAUUAAGCACGAGAUCUCUAGGUCUCCUGUCCGGGGAUAUCAGCGAUGUAAGUCAUGCUGAAGCAUCUUCGAUGCGAAAAGAAACAAGGAGGGUAGUCAAUUGAACGGAAACGGAGAGGGCGACCGAGACAACUCGCGGUCGUUCAUUUUGGAGUAUUGCGAAAGAUAAUAAUAAGCGCGGAGUUAUAAACAAGAUAAAUUGAUAGACAAUUAAAUCAUCGAACAAGAUGAAGUCGACCAUCCCCGGCAUCCUUCUUCUGUAUCUCUGCUGCGUCAAUUUGCCGAGUGUCACCACAAAUCUCGACUCGGUUUGCGGUGGUCAUCUGACAGAUCCUAAGGGCGUCAUACACACACCGAAUUUUCCCGGACCGUUUCCCGUCCCGAUCAAGUGUCGCUGGGUGAUCGACGUCUCCGACAUACCGUCGACCAACAGCUCCAUCGUCGUCUACCUGACGCAGCUCUACGUCUACAAGGGACUUCGCUUCACUGAAUACGCGUACUACGAGUCCGAGACCAUGAACUUCGGAGCGGCCCUGAUAAAGGAGGUGACCGAGGGCAACGUCUUCGAGUAUCGACGUUUCAGGACAUUCAGACCGUUUCUGGUGAUCGAUUUCGAACUCGAUCGGCUCGAGGGCAAUCACGUCAGGGUGUUGAACGAUCUGCUUGACGUGUACGGGUUCAACGUGACAUACGAAACGACCGAGGAAGAUCCAAAUUCUGAAUCCUGUACCGUGCGCGACUGCUCCUUCGUCGGAAACUGUCUCGUCACCGCGGAUUACACGUCUUUUUGGUGCGACUGUUUCGACGGUUUCGAUGGAAGAAGCUGCAAUGAAGGUCCAUUAUGUUUCAAAGAUGAACAUAAUCCAGUUUGUCAAAAUGAAGCUACAUGCAGACAAAUUGGGGCGGAAGCAAUGCACUGCGAUUGUCCGCGCGGCUAUGUCGGGCACAAUUGCGAAACUCGUCUUUUGGAUACUUUAGACACAGAAUGCGCUUCAGAAAAUUGCAUACUACAAUGUCCACUCGACAAUCAACAACAACCAUGCACUUGUAAAGACAGUACGAAAAUAUAUAACAAUCGAUCGAGAUACGAAUGCAGAAUCAAAUUGUCGAAUGUUACAUCCCUCCGCACAGGCCUGAUAUCGCAACACGGAAGUUUGGAAUCGAUCGUCAGCAAACAGCUUGCAAAAUAUUUAAGGAACUCCAAUAUCACUUUUAUGGAGGAUUUAAAAAUUCUGAACGUGACACCCAUGGCCGAAGUAACUUUUCAUUUCUUCGGAAAUUCCGAUGACGGUGAUAAAAUUCGUGAAUCCCUCAAUCGACUCGUACAACGUCGACGUCUCAGCGAAAUCGCAUUGGAAUCCACGCACUUUACGUUUCAACAGAAGCCCGCUCUUAAAUUACAGAGUCUGAGAUUUAAUCAAAUAAACGAUUACGAGAUUCAUUUGGGAGAGCAAAUCGUCUUGUCGUGCGUGGCUCAAGGAAGUAUCAACUUCACUUGGUACAAAGAUGGCAUGUUGGUGAACAUGAGCAAAGCUACCAGAGAAAUAUGGAUCAGCGAUUUGCCAAACGAUGGAUCGGAUGUAUACACGUCGGUGUUGACGAUCGAGAAGGCGACUCUGCUCGAUGCUGGUCAGUACACGUGUCAAGUGAUGGAUUGGAGUGUCCAGCAGUGCAAAAGUGUCUAUAUCGAAGUCAGAAACGAACCAGACGUGAAGGUGGUACCGAUGAGCGCCACUAUAGAAAAAGGUAGCAAUAUACAAUUGACAUGUAUGACCCCCAACAUGCGUAACAUCGGCAUCGGAUUCGGUUGGACUAAGAAUCGCGCCUUGUUAAAAUUGGAGCCCGGUCAAGCAGUUUGGGAAGAUCUAUAUCCAGCGGGUAGCAUUUUAAAAAUCAGUAAUAUUCAGAAAUCCGCAAUCUAUACCUGCAAUGUAGCGCACAAAUCCAUGUCCGUCCGAGUUGAAGUCAUGAAUCGAACAUUGAUACCGAUAUGCCACAACGGAGAAUCCUGGGGUUUACAAUGGCCGAUUACUGCACCGGGAUCGGAAGCGUUGCUGGAAUGUCCUCGAUAUUUCAUAGGUCGACGAGUAUCCAGGCUGUGUUCGAUGAAGGAUGCUACCACACCGGAAUGGCAGAUACCGGAUUUCUCACCCUGUUUGUACGAACCAUUGCUUACACCCUAUAAUAACUUUCGAAGUCUGACAUUGGGUUAUCAAAAUACCACGAGUUCAGACACAAUCCUCGCCUUUUGGAAAAUUUUGAGCAAGCGAACAUUGACUCUCUAUCCUGGCGAAGGUGAUCGCAUAAUGAGUAUGUUAGCGGAAAUCGAACGGUAUCAGUAUAGCAUCGAUCCACCGGAUGCGUAUAUCUCUGCGGAAGCUUUGACUCAUAUAACGAAUCGUAUAUUGAGCGACGAAUAUUCAAUCUUGAGUCAAGAGCUAUCGGUGCUGCUUCAGCUUACGCAACGCAAUUUAAUUCACUGGUCCGAACAAUUAAAAGACGUAUACAAACAUCUAUCUUUAUCAUCUAUGGUUGUAGAUAUUCAACAACUACAGUCUCACAAUGGGGACAGUAUCACUCAUUCUCUUGAGAUACCUUCAACCAAUUAUGUAUAUCCUGAUUGGUACGAGGACAAAAUAACUAUACGAUUAUCGAUGAAAAGACAGCGCAACGUAAAAUCUAACAACACAUUUAUUGGAAUCGUUAUCAUGUAUAAAAAUAUGUCGCACUUUAUACCAAAAGCGUACGUUAAAGAGCUCGACGAUGGCACGGAUUUGGAGUUUCGCAUAAAUUCUCGAGUAAUCACCGUCGCAGUUCCCUCUUUCGGCGCCGAUAAACACAACAAAAUCUGGGUUGAUCUACAAAUUCGACAUUUACAAAAUCAAACGGGUUCCUGGAAUACGUCGUGCGGUCUAAUGGAUAAUACCGGAUCGUGGGAUCUCAAUACUUGCAUAGCAAAUACUAAAUCCGGCGAUGUAACAACGCAAUGUCUGUGCCCUACUACGGGUACCAUCGCUGUUUUCUUAACAACUCGUGCAAUAAAAGUAGUAUUGGCAAAAACGGAACAGACUACGUUUAUUAUAAUAUUCGGAUGCGGAAGUUGCCUCGUUCAGUGUUUGCUGUCUGCCCUGAUACUAGGCACCUUUUGGUGGAAACACAAAAGCUGGCUGAAUUUCUUAAAACUCCAAUGCUGCGGUGCAUUAAUCGGCGCGAUGGCAAUCUUCAUUUAUGCCGUCCACACUAAUCUGCCAGAAUCAUUUUAUUCGCUCGUAGCAAUCGGACUGGAAGCAUGUCUUCUCGUAGGUAUGUCUGCGCCUAUUUCCGAGGCUCUAAUAGUAUAUGCCGAACUCACGCAGAUUCGACCGAGUCAGCAUCUUCAGCCGACAGUAAUCGCCGUGAUAACCGGUGUUCCGAUCUUGGCUGUAUUCGCGACCGAGCUAACACAUAAGAGUACUGGAUGGCGACAUGAAUCCUGGUGGCUCAUAUAUGGCAGUGGCGUUUACAACAUAUUCGUCAGCUGUGCCACGAUGAUGUUUUUGGUAUUCAUGUUAUUGUACAUGGGGGUGCUUCACAAAGUUCACACAUUAGUCGAAGAGAACGUGAUGAAGAGAGAAGCUGUAGAAAUGAGAAUACGAGUAUUACAUCGUGCGGCUAUCGUUAUAUGUGGCAUCAUCGCCAUGGAGGCAUCCUCUAUUUUUUACAUAAAUUCAUCAUCCGUGAUUUUUCACUAUGUAUUCGCGUCCUUAUCCUUUGCCCUGGGCUUCAAAAUAAUAAUUGUAUACAUCGUUAAUGGCGAGAGUGCUAUCAUUGGGCCAAUGUUGCGAAGAAUUAGAUGGAAACGCAACGAGGAUGAAGAACACACGUCAGAACCUAUCAAAGUGUGCUCGAAAGCUGACGCAGAAGUGGAGAAUGAUUCGGCACUUCCACCAGCAUCCUCCUCGAUCGUCGGCGACAUACCGUACCGGGAGGUGCGAGGCGUCGCCGUGGGUAGCAUAGAUAUGCGCGAGUUUAUGAAUUCCGAAUCGUCGUCCGGAUACGCGAAAUCCGUCCCCGUUCCAGUAACCGGCAGAUUCCUGCCGGAAAUCCGAGUGGACCAUUCGGACAACAUAGAUCUGGAGAAUUACAGUACAAGUCCGCGCAAGUACCAGGAACCGUCGACCGUGUUCGUCGACCCGAACUUUUCUGCACGCGGUUCUCGCUGCGUCAACGAUGUGGUGGCCUACGGCGGUGAUUGUUGCAGCUUCCGUAACGAGUACCGCGGCGAUGGUAAGAUCUUUCUGCCGGUGGCGAGCGUGUCCUCUGAAUGUCCCUCGGCCAAAGUUCUCUGUAGCGCCGAUGUGGAAUCGCGAUUGAGUGCCAUGCCGGACGUCACGUUGGCCGUGAAGAGCGACGUCGAGCUGUCAUCACGGACGAACGCAGAGCUGAAGAGUCGAGAGCAUGUGGUGAGCGCAAUCCCGGACAUCGCCAAUACGAGCGAGCGGAAACAGCCCGAUGGCGAGGAGAAGACUCCGGAGAUCGUGGUGACCGCUGGCUGCGACAGCACGACCAGCGGUAUGCUGGAUCGUAUCUCUCACGAUCUCGACUAUUUGCUUAAUCGCACGCACGCCAAAGAGGGAGCUUGAAGAUUGAGACUGAGGAAGUUGAGGAACGUAUGUCAAGUAAACGAGUGUAGAUUAUUAAAGUACUCCACACUAAUCUUAUGUAAAAUGGAUUUCGGUUAAAUCAGUUAAUUCUUUCAUAUGUUACAGCUUAUGACCUGCUGAAUAAAAGAUAUAUGAAUAAUAGCCUCAAAGCUAAAUAAUGAACAGUUAUUGAGCUCCAGCUGUCAAACUCGUAGAAUCUGAGUUUUUCGUAUUUGACUGGCGUAAAUCAGUAACUGUCUAUUAUUUAACUUGAAGUCUAUUACAUUUUGUUGUUAGCAGAUCAUAAGCUACAACAUAUGAGAAAACUAGCAGAUUGUACUAAAAUUCAAUUUUAUAUAGAAUUAGUGCGGAAUUUUUGAAUUUAUAUAAAAUCCUAGAUGAAAUUGAAAUCUCAAUAAAAUCAGUUGCUUUUCUCAUAGGUUGUAACUUAUAAUCUACUGAACAAAAAAUGUAAUAGGUUUAAAGUUAAAUAAUAGAUAGUUACUGAUUUACAUGAAAAACUCUCUACUGGCUGUAACUCAAUAAUUGUCUAUUAUUAGCUUUGAGACUAUUGAAUGUUUUGUUUAGAAGGUUAUAAGCUACAACAUAUAAAAAAACCAGCUGAUUUAACCAAAAUCUAUUUCACAUAAAAUUAGUGCGAGGUACUUUGUACAAAAGAAAUUUCGUCUCAAAUAUUUCCAUGCAUGGAUAAGAUAAUCGUAAUUUAUCUCGCAGUGUAAAGUGUAGUUUAUUUAUAUAGAAUAUUUCAAAAAACUUUUUUUGCAUUUGUGUCGCUAUGUAAGACUAGACGUGACACGUAUAAUACGUUGUAACGUAUAUACACGAUCGUACUUGAAAGCUGUAAAUCAAGAUUUAAAAUGAUCAUCUUUUUUAAUUUCGCUGAUUAUGAAUCGAUAAAUCGUAAAGGAACGAUGCGAAAAGUGAUUAUAAUCAUAUUCUAUUCAUCGGAAUUAAGUUUAAUCUUAAACUUUUCAUGCUGUAUUUAUAUUUACGUCCAUUGUAUGUCGUAUGAGGAGACUCAUCGUAUCCCUUCCAAUAAACGAAUAUAACAAUCAAACGUACAGUGUACUACGUAAAAUUUCGCGUGAUUCUCUCACGUGUAGGACGUAAAUUUUCAAAAGAGAUGAGGUAAGCCAAGUAAUAGUACUUCCGAGUUAAAGUAUUUAUUUAUCACUGUCAUCGUACAGCCCUUUCAUAAUAUCCACGAGUCAGUCGUCGCGUUUUUUUCGUCGUUUAUAAUUUGUAUUAUAAAGCUAUACACAUUCAAUUUAGUUUGAUAAUCUACUUACAUACUUAAGAUCGAAGUUUAUGUUGUUGUAGGUAGCAGAUACCUCUAGUUAGGGUUAGUCGUUUACUUAAUGAAAAAUGCUUCACUGAAAAUUAAUUCGACCGAGGUAAGAAAUUGGAGCGGUAUCUCUUGGCCAAGCACGUGUUAUAAAUGCAAAAGACAUAAUAAGAUCUGUGUUAGUCUGUUAGCAUUCAAAUAUACCUAUAUGACUAGUUUUUUUCUGUCUCAACAGAUUUUUCUUAAAAAUAUAAAAUAUUUACAAGGAUUUUUCAGCUAAUUUUAUCGAGAUUUAAUAAACCUUGGUUUAAUCACAUCAAUAAUACCCAAGUAUAGAGUAGAGCCGUGGCUUUAUCCGAUUACUACCAAAUUACUCUAUUGAGCCAGUAUUCACAUAAUCUUGCCUAUGAAAUUAAAAAUAUGGUAAAUAAACGUUACUGUACUUUC